UGUUAUCUUCCGUUACCUAGAACUCCCCCCCCCCUGACAGCAAGCAGCUGGUUCUGGCACGCAUCCGGCCCUUAUCUGGCGUAGAUCCACCGGAUCUGCGCCGGAUUAGGGCCGGAUCCAUUCCCGACAGCUGCUAUCUGCAUGUGCUACAAAACUGAGAAGCUAGCAUUCUAGCUCGAUAAGGUACAUCUGUGCAGAACGUGUAGUUUAUGGCCCAUUACUGCACCAAGAUGUAUCACAUUGUGAAAUUUGUUGACACUGAAGAGGUGGAAGUAGUGCCAGCAAACUGGGUCAAGGAUGGUGUUUGUCUAUGGCCACCCUACAAAACCCAAAGGAUCCUGAAAGCCUCAAGGUGCCAGGAGCAGCCAUGUGCAAACUGGAUCCCAUUUAAAGUAAACCUAGUGCACACUGCAGUCAGUUACAGUGAUGCACACAGGAAACUGUCAGUGGUCGAGGACCAAGUUGAUCUUCAUUCAGAAGUUGAACCAGGGAGUUCCAAACGAAAGCGGGAAAUGAUGAUGAAUGAUUCUGAAGACAGUGAACAAAUGCAUGAAGGCAUGCCAUCCAAUGCACCCACAGUCAUAUGUCAGCACUGUGGCUCCCCUAAUGACAUUCCUGCCAUGCCUGAGACAAACAGCAGGGGGACUGAUCCAGUCUGUUCACUCCUGCAUAAUCUACUCACAAACCAAGAGCUGAUCCUGGAGCAGCUGAAUGUCAUCUCCAGGACCAUAGAGCCUCCGCAUAACAACGAAGACAACGAACUGGAGCCAGGUCUUCUUCCACUAAAGGAGCUGGACACUCUGCUUGACCUGGAGGCGCGGUUGCUCUUCAGCUCUGACCUCAAACAUAAAUUGAUCAAUACAUUGGCUCUAAGAGGUGGGAUGAAUGUCAAGGACUGUGUGUGGAGGAUGAUGAGUCACCUUCUCACCAACACACUUGCCUUGAAGAUCAACUGGAGAGGCAUCAAUGGCAAGACAGCCUUCCAGUCCCUUCAAUUAAAAGAUGUGCUGACAAGAUCUGUUCGUCAAAAUCGCAUGACCGCCGAAUCCUCGGAUAUGGAAAUCGAAGGUGCAAUUAAACGGUGGCUACAGCUUGCGGCUGACAGGGAAGGUGGGAGAAAGGCACGUCAAAUGAGACAAAUUGAGUGGGUGCCUUCAACGCCCUCAACACCCUCAACACCUUCAACCGCUGCUGAGGCGUCAAUGGAAAGAGAGCCUACCACUCCUUUCAAUUGAGAGCUGUUUUGACAAGAGCAGUUGGACAAAAUCAAUUUGCCUCCGAAUCCUCGGAUGUUGAAUUUCAGGUGGCAAUUAAAAAGCGGCUGCAUCCAGCAAUGGACAAAAAGGUGGUAAAACGGCACAUCGCACAAGACAAAUGAGUGGAUGCCAAACAAUCCUUAAAUGAAUACUUUUUAAAGGAUUAUUUUUGUUAUUAGUUGUAAUGUUUUGGUUUUUAGAUAUGAGGAUACAGAGUUCAUAUGUGUGUAUACAUUAUACAGGUAUUACCCAUAGGUUGUUAGUAUAUAUCUAGUGUCUCUUCUGUUUCCUCCGACCUGCUCAAUGCUUCUGUGUGAGUGCCGUAAUCAUGCUUGUUGAAACAUAACAAUAAAGGCUCUGUACUCUAA